GACGGGCAGGAAGCGGAAGUUUUGUGAGGCGGUGGGAGGAAGCGUCUCCUGAGCUCCUCGGAUUAGAGCCUCAAUGAGGGCAGUUUCACUGUAUUUUCUUAGAAGCACAGAACCCUGUAAUCUGCCAAUACUAUCAAAAUGGGGCCUAGACGGAAAAAUGUGAAAGUAUAUUCCACAAACCGGGAAAGCCCUGUAUGCAUCAAAGUUGCUGAGCUGAAAGACUACAUGAAUCAGCUUUCACAUGAAGUGCUUUGCCAUAUAUUUAGGUAUCUUCCCCUGCAGGAUAUCAUGUGCAUGGAAUGCCUGUCCCGGAAGUUAAAGGAAGCUGUCAUCCUGUACCUAAGAGUAGUAAAAGUUGUGGAUCUUUGUGCAGGUCACUGGUGGGAGUACAUGCCCACUGGAUUCACAGAUUCCAGCUUCCUAACCCUGCUGAAGAAAAUGCCAGACAUUGAGCAACUAUAUGGGCUUCAUCCCAGGCACCUUGACAGACGUAGGGUUCGUGGUUAUGAAGCUUUCAGCAUUCCUGGGGUGCUAGAAGCUUUGCAAGCUUGCCCAAAUCUCUUAGGUGUUGAGACUUCCCAUCUGGAACUAGUAGAAGCCAUUUGGACAUACAUGCCCCAAGUUCACAUCCUGGGGAAAUUUCGUAAUCGUAAUGGUGCCUUCCCAAUUCCACCUGAAAAUAAACUGAAAAUACCAAUAGGAGCUAAAAUUCAAACUUUGCACUUAGUAGGAGUUAAUGUCCCUGACAUUCCUUGUAUUCCAAUGCUGAGGCAUCUGUACCUGAAGUGGGUGAGGCUCACCAAACCACAGCCUUUUAAGGAUUUCCUUUGCAUCAGCUUACGCACUUUUGUCAUGAGAAAUUGUGCAGGACCCACAAACUCAUUGAAGUAUGUUCCCCUGGUCACUGGCUUGGCUUCUGCUCGAAACUUGGAACAUCUAGAAUUGGUUCGAGUUCCUUUUCUUGGAGGUCUUAUUCAGCAUGUUGUAGAAGACAGCUGGAGAUCUGGGGGCUUCAGAAAUUUGCACACUAUAGUUCUAGGAGCUUGCAAGAAUGCUUUGGAAGUUGACCUUGGCUACCUCAUCAUAACUGCUGCACGAAGGUUGCAUGAAGUACGAAUCCAGCCUUCCCUAACCAAAGAUGGAGUAUUCUCUGCACUAAAAAUGGCAGAAUUGGAAUUUCCCCAGUUUGAAACACUACAUCUUGGAUAUGUUGAUGAGUUUUUGUUACAGUGUAAAAUGAUCAAUGCAGAUCUAGUGAAGUAUGGAUUAGCUGAUGUGGUUGAAAAUCCAGGCAUUAUCACAGACAUAGGAAUGAAAGCAGUAAAUGAAGUCUUCUCUUCUAUUAAAUAUCUUGUCAUAUACAACUGCCCUCAUCUACAUAAUCCAAGUAGCUGGAUCACAGAUCAUUCAAGAUGGACUCGACUUUUUGAUCUCACCCUGGUGAGAUGCCAUGCAAUAAAACUAGACUCUUUUAGUCAGUUUAUUGAAUUACUGCCAAGCCUGGAGUUUAUCUCUCUGGACCAGAUGUUUCGGGAACCACCCAAGGGUUGUGCCCGUGUAGGUCUGAGUGCAGGUACAGGAAUUGGAGUUUCCUCUGCUUUGGUGAGCAACCAGAACUCCAACAAUGAAAAUGACAACAAUAAUAAUCACCCAAACAAUAAUGCCAAUAUACACCAUAACAACCACCAGCAACCAAAUGAUCAAAAUGAAGAGAAUGAGUUGCGACAGGAGGAACAGAUUGAAGAACAGCAGAAUGCAGCAGACGCACUGAAUGAUAUGGAGGAGGUGGCACAGGAAGAUGGAGUGGCUUUGGUAGAGAGCCACAGUGAACCGAUUGCAACUAAUCAAGCACUUCUUCCCAUGGAAAUUGAUGAAGAACAAGCAGGGGAGCUUGAAGAAGAGAAAAACAGAGACAUAUGGACUGCAGAAACUCCUCUGGGGCCUAGUGGUCUUCAGCCUAAUGUAAAUCUUGCACCUAUUACUGUCCAUGAUUCAGACAGUGAGGAUGAAGAUGAAAACAUGGCAAGCUCAAGAUCCUGUAUCACAAACAGCAUUGCACAAAGUUACUCAGACGGAGAGGAAAGAGUUAGAGAUCCAGUGGAAAUCCAGGAACCCUUAUCAGUGAGUGGUAAAGGCAAAGCUCCACUGCGGAAAAGAUGCAGUGCCAGCCGGGUGAAGCUUUUUCUUUCUGAGGAGAGCAGCUGUGAAAAGGGCUGUCAAGUCACCAGUGAGCAGAUUAAAGCAGAUAUGAAAGCAGCCAGUGAUGUGACAACAGAAAGGAAUAAAAACAAAGAUUGUAACCCAAGCUGUGGUGGGGACACUGGACCUUCAGGAAGCUCGUCCACUGCUGCUUCUCAAAGCCUUGAAGAUGUCAGGAAAGCAUAUAGCUCUAAUGAGUCCCUUUCCACAGCUGCAGAGGAUUCUGGGAAGUGUCUCUGUAGGAGUGAAGAUUCCAGUGAAAGGGAUGAUGAGGAUAAUUCUUUAUGCUCCAGGUGUUCCUGUUACGUGCCCCAGAGUCAGCAAAAGAGAACUAAUGGAGUUUCUGAUGGUGAAUGUCCAUCUACCAGUGGAGCCUGUGGUACAAAUGGGCCAUCUGUGGGAGGAGCAGAAUUUUCUCUGAGAACAUUACCAAAUUCUGAUUCUUCAGGGGAAGCCAGCAAUGAGAGGACUAAUGAGGGAGUCUGUGGGACUGCUAAUGAGGAGAGCAAUAGUUCACAGCAAGCAAGGUUUGAAAUGGAAUACAAUGAAGAUUAUCCCCGUAGACCUUUAACAAGAGCCAGAAGUAGACUUUCCCAUGUGCCUUUGGUGUCUCAGCCAGAAGCAGCCAAACCAAAACCUCGACAUUCAGUGAAGAGAAAACGGACAGCUGAUAAGUCCACAAGCACCAGUGAUCCUGUGAUUGAGGAUGACCACAUCCAGGUUUUGACACUAAAAUCAAAAAACCUUGUUGGAAUCACCUUGACUAACUGUGGCAUAACAGACCUGGUGCUGAAAGACUGCCCUAAAAUGAUGUUCAUUCAUGCCACCAGGUGCCGUGUUCUUAAGCACUUAAAAGUAGAGAAUGCACCUAUUGUCAAUCGAUUUGACUAUGCUCAGUGCAAGAAAUUAAAUAUGGAUCAGGUCCUAGAUCAGAUACUCCGGAUGCCUCCAGAGAGAAAUAGGAUUAUUUACCUUCGUCCAAUGCAGCAGGUUGACACACUGACCCUUGAACAAAAAAUAUUUAGUGGUCCUUACCCAUAUCAUAUCUGUGUCAUUCAUGAAUUUAGUAACCCUCCAAAUGUUCGCAAUAAGGUGCGCAUUCGCAGUUGGAUGGACACGAUAGCAAACAUUAAUCAAGAGCUUAUUAAAUAUGAAUUCUUUCCUGAAGCCACACGAACAGAAGAUGAUCUAAAAAAAUAUACAAAAUAUCCCUGGGGGAGAGAUAUUUACACUUUAGAAGGUGUUGUGGAUGGGGCUCCCUAUUCAAUGAUAACUGAUUUUCCUUGGUUGAGGUCACUGAGGACAGCUGAUCCUAAUGGCUAUGCAAGAUACGAUUUUGAAGAUGAUGAAAAGACUACUAUUUAUGCUCCCCGGAGAAAAGGACAGCUGUCAGCAGAUAUCUGCAUGGAAACGAUAGGUGAAGAGAUCUCAGAACUCCGGCAAAUGAAGAAAGGGGUAUUCCAGCGGGUGGUAGCUAUCUUCAUCCAUUACUGUGAUGUUAAUGGGGAGCCAGUAGAAGACGAUUACAUCUGAACGGAUCCAACUGCGAGCUCUCAGCCCUUCCUGUGUUCUGGCUGGCAUUGCCAGCACAGAAAGCAGAUGGAUUUCCUCCACUGCUCUGGUGCACUGAGAAGUCUUGGAAUUUGUGCGAUUACCCCAACACCUACUGGAAUACUGUGUAGUAAAUAUAUAAGGAGAAGUCGCAGUGAAUACUGAGGACUCUACAUAAAAAAAAUCCUCAUGAAGUUGACUUUAUUUCAUAUGCUUAUAUUAUGAAAUUUAAUUCAAAUUCCAUUUUAAUGAAGGCAAUUAAUUAUGGCAUGGCAAAACGUUUGAAUUUCUUAGCUCAUAUAAUUCAUGGCAGUAUUUUGUUGGUUUGCCAGAAACAAAACCCUACAUAGGCCGUGUUCAGGAGCCACAGGAGUCUUUUAAAUCUGUGCCUUUUUUUCCCCUCUUAAGCAUCUAAGAGUCCAUUCUGAGUAAAUCUGUUGAACAGU